AUGGCUGGUGAUGAUCUGCUCAAGAAAGGCAAGAAGAAAGGAGGAAAUGCUGAUGUAGGUACCAUACAUGGCAAGAGUAAUGGAAAAGGUGCGGGUGUAGGCGGUUUUCAACAUCUUGGAUUAAGUCCAUUAGUGUUUCGUGGUGUUAUGGCCAUGGGGUAUAAGGUUCCGACACCCAUUCAACGUAAAUCGUUGCCAAUUGUCUUGUCGGGAAAAGAUUGUGUGGCCAUGGCUCGUACAGGAUCUGGUAAAACUGCUGCUUUUUUAAUUCCAAUGGUUGAAAAACUAAAGGAACAUUCGACAAAGAUUGGAGUGCGUGCUGUCGUUCUAUCACCGACGCGCGAAUUAGCUGUGCAGACCUUGCGCUUUGCUAAAUUACUUUCCAAGUUUACAACGCUGAAAAUGGCAUUAAUUGUAGGUGGAGAAGGUAUGGACCAACAAUUUGAAGCCAUUGCCGCCAAUCCGGAUAUAUUGAUUGCUACACCUGGUCGUCUCAUGCAUCUUUUACAAGAGAUUCCCGAUUUUAAUCUUAAAGCUGUUGAAUAUGUCGUUUUUGACGAAGCUGAUCGAAUCUUUGAAAUGGGCUUUGCUGAACAAUUACAAGAAAUUUUAAAAAAUAUGCCAACCAGUCGACAGACAUUGCUGUUCUCUGCGACGCUUCCAAAAGCGCUGGUACAAUUCGCACGUGCUGGUUUGAGUGAGCCAGAACUCAUUCGUCUUGAUGUGGAGAAUAAAAUUUCGGAAAACUUAAAAAUGGCGUUCUUUACAGUGCGAUCAUUAGACAAACCGGCGUUGUUUUUGUAUAUGGUUCGCGAAUUUUUACCGAAAGGAGAUCAAACGAUUGUAUUUGCAGCUACACGUCAUCAUGUUGAAUUUCUGCAUGCUUUACUUGCUGCAAAUCAUAUUGAAGCGUCUUGUGCGUAUGGCGACAUGGAUCAAGCUUCACGGAAAAUUAAUUUGGGUAAAUUUCGGGCAAAAAAGACAAAUUUGUUGAUUGUGACGGAUGUGGCUGCACGUGGUAUUGAUAUUCCAUUGCUGAACAAUGUACUGAACUACUCGUUUCCACCAACUGCGAAGCUAUUUGUGCAUCGUGUCGGUCGUGCAGCUCGUGCUGGUCGCACUGGUACGGCUUUUAGCUUUGUUGAUCCAGAUGAGACGCCAUUUAUGGUUGAUUUGCAUUUGUACAUCGGACGUCGUCUUGAAGACUCUUCACCAGAAGAAUGUUCCGGGUUUAAGCCUUACACCCUGAGCACAAUGCGUGUGGAAGACGUUCAUUAUGGUGCAUUUCCAAACGAGUUGAUUGAUCAAGAGAAUGAAGCUAUCCAAGAGACUCUUCGUAGCCACCCACAAGUAGCACCACUGGUAAAAGUAUGUGAAAAUGCGUACAAAGCGUACGCGCGAACACGCGCUGAUCCGUCUAAAAACUCGAUUCGUCGUGGUAAAGAGCUUGCAGUGAAGAAGGUGCAUCCUUUAUUUCAACAAGAGUAUGUGCUUGACAAGAGUAAGGCCGACAAAGCUGCUUACAUUGACUCACUACAGACAUUUCGUCCACCGCAAACGAUUUUUGAGAUUGCUGUGGGUUCUCACUCGUCAGCCAAACGCUCGUCACCGGGUGUUCAAAUGAUGGUUAAGAAACGCAAGCUGCAUGGUAAGAUCAUUGCUACGGAGACGACAAAGUUAGAUGACAAGAUGAAAGCAAAGGAAGAGUCGAGUGCACAGAAUGCUGAAGCUGAAGAGAAGGAGAGUUAUAAUUCGGAAAAAGUGAAAAAGUCUGAAUUGAACAAUGAAGGAGAUUCAGAAGAAGCUGUGAAAGCACAGAAGAAGAAAACGUAUUUCUUAUCUAAGCAUGAGCGCAAACAACUAAAAAAGCGUGUGGCAGCUGGUGAGAAGGAAGAGGAUGUGAUGAAGCAGCUUGCAGCUACGAAAGAGCAGAGCUCAAGCAACACUGCGUCUGAGCAAGAUGCUGACGUGAGUGGACGCUCAUCGUUUAAAGAUGACGAUAAUUAUAUCAACUACAUGAAGGAUAAAGAUUAUACAACUGAGGGUUUCUUAGCUACGAAUGCAGAUGGUGGAAAAGUGAAUGCAUUUGCGGAAGCACGUCUUGAAGAGGCCAUUUUGGAUGUCAACCCCGAUGAAGCGAUUGAAAUGAAUAAAAAGCGACGGAUUCUUCACUGGGAUGUUCGUAAGAAAAAGUUUGUUAAGACGACUGCUGGAGAGCUUACGAGUCAUGGUACUUUAAAACGACGCAAUGAAAGUGGAGUGAGCGUACGAAAGAAACAGCAAGUGGGUGAAGUGUAUCGCAAGUGGCAGCAAAAGCAGCACAAGCGUGUGGCAGGUGGUGGUGUGGAGCAGGAUGAAAGCGAUAAGACACAGAAACUCGAUUACCGUAAUGGCAGGAAGCCACGAAGUGCUGCAAUGGCCAGUCGAAGUAGUGUAAAUAAGCAUGCUAAAGACGAAUUAUUAAGUGAAGGCAAGAUACGGAAGGAAGAAAAGCGUAAAGCUCGCUCGCGUGGCAUUAAAGUCACUUCAGGUGUCAAAUCGAAGCGUGGAAAAGGCAAUAUCAAGGGUAAGAGCCAUGGUGCUCCUACUAGAAGCAAAGUCAUCAUUAAAAGACGGUAG